CGUCAUCCUCAUUCCAUUGAAAAGAAGAACGAAGCAUAUUCCACCUAAAACAAUGGCGUUGUUACAAAUUUUGCACAUGGCCCUUUUGCAAGUAAUCAUCUAUCAAACCACACUUGCUUCAGCUAUUGUCGAUCCAACACAAGGGUUCACCCCUGUUUCAUUAGAUAACUCAAAUUUUGUUAUUCAAAAGCCUUAUGAUGUUCAAGAAAACCAACGUUACAGUUAUACAAAUGGAGUGCACCAAUUUUGGGUAUACCCUACAGACAAGCCUUUUAAGAAUGACACUAAUACUAAACCACGAACUGAGAUUCGUAUCAGUGGAUAUGAUUAUACAUCUGGUAUAUGGCAAUUUGAAGGGUAUGGAUAUAUUCCAAGCGGCACAAGUGGGGUGAGUAUUAUGCAAGUGUUCGGAGGAAGUCCUUAUGCGACAACUGCAAUGCUUAGGAUAUACGAUGGUUCACUUACUUACUACGAGUCUCCGAUUCUAACUCCAAAUAUCUAUAAUAGGUGGUUCAGAGUAAACGUGAUUCAUGAUGUUGAUGCUAACAAUGUUAAGAUUUAUAUCGAUGGAGAUCUAAAGUAUGAUGUAGCUGGUCGUGGAGCUAACACUCACUACUUCAAGUUUGGCGUUUACUUGCAGAACAAUCCUUCCAACUGUACGGAAUCUCGUUGGAAGUAUAUUAAAGUUUUUCAAAAAUAGGAAGGUUUAAAUUUUUUGUUUGAUUUUAUUACUAAAAUUGAAUAAGACAUGAUAAAGGAAGGACUUGUUUACAUGUAACACUUAAUGUUAAGAACUCUUGUAUUGUUCGGUUUGAUAAGAUUCAAUAUGCAUUCCUAGAACUGACCAAAACUCUAGUUUCAACUUUCAAUUCUUUUGGAGAAAAAACAAGGAAUUGACUAAUGAUUAAUGAAGAAAGCUUGAUUUGUAGUUCUAGAACGUAAAGUUAAAAGAUGGGGGAUUUUCUGUGUGAAUUAAGA